AUGUCAGCGACGCCUCGCAAGCCUGGAACCCCCGGCAAUUCCAACAAAUCAUCACUCGCAGAUCCGCCCUCCAACAACGGGUCCACCACACGAGGACAUGCACGCUCUCCCAGCGCCGCAACUAACGGUCUCAACCGUUCACCAUCCUUCAGAGGUUCUACUCCAGUCUCCGCGCGCGCGGCCGCAAGAAAACCGGGCCGCUCCAACCUAAGCAUGUCGAACGUUCCACGAGUCUCCAACGACCCCUCCGAGGAAGAGGCGAGGGCCCAAAAUGCCGCCCUCAUUGAAGAACUGCGGGAGCAGCUUCAAAAGGCGGAGACCGCUUCCGAUCAAUACCAAAAGCAGCUAGGUGUGCUACAAAUGCGCCUCGAUGAAGCGAUCAGCGAACAGAGCAAGUUGGAAGAUCAGGCUCACGAGCGAGACAGUCGGAUCGAGGCCCUCAAUAGUGAUAUUCGGGACCAAGGUCGUCAGAUCCGGGAUCUGGAACAAAACCACGAGUCCGAACGCAAUGCGAUGCUCCAAGAGAAAGAGCAGCAGUCUAGUCGAGAGGAGGAAAUGCAGGCCACCAUCCAACGCCUCAAAGACUCGAUGGCACAGAAGGACAUGCGCAUGAAUGCAGAGGGCGACCGCAGUCAGGUUUCCCGAUCUUCUAGCUUCCGCAAUCGCGCCUCUCCCGACGUUGAUGGCCAGUUCGCGCCAUCCUCGCACAUCGAACGAAGCCCGUCCCGAAACAACUCCACGCUUCUUUUGCAGAAAGACAAAGUUAUCGAGUCCCUACGCCUUGAGCUCGCCGAGUCGCAAAUCAAACUUGUUGAGAUGGAAAAUGCCGGAGGAGGCCGCCAGAGAGAAUUGGAGAAGGAGUUGCUCGAGGCCCGCAUGGCAAAUGCUCGUUUGAUGGAGGACAACGAAAGCUAUCAACUCCUCUUAAGCGAAAAGACUCUUACUGGCGAUUUCGCCAAGGGCGACUUCAUGCGCGAUGCCCACCCCGCAAAGCAGUCAGCGAGUGGACUUGGCUCUUUAGCAGAUGAGCUCGAGUCCGUGGAGGAGUCGCCUGAAACGGAAGCUGACUCUAAGCCGGAAGGAGAAGUCAAGGCUCUGAAAGACCAGAACAAAGCUCUCACCCUCUACAUUGAGCGCAUCAUCAGCAGACUGCUCAUGCACGACGGGUUUGAGCAUAUUCUGGACAAGAAUGAGGAUGAAGCGGCUGCAGACAAGCAGAAUGAGAAGGAACUGCCCCCGACUCCCCCAGAGAAGGACGACGGCUCUCAGCAAUCCUUCUUGCAGCGGGCUAGAUCAGUGGUCGCCGGACCAAAUUCCCGACCAUCAACUUCAGCCCAGCCUCGUUCGCGGCCUACGAGCAUGCUGCCGCCGCCUGCACCCCCGCAGAGCAACCCCAACGAGAACCCCAACACUGCGCCAAGUAUCCCAUUCCGCACUCAGUCUGUGAGGGCUAGCCAUCGUCGCAGCCGUUCUGAACAAGUUGACCCUGGGGCUGCCAAUGUUGUUGGCCAGAUGUACCGCGGUCGUAACUCGGGCGGACCCAUCAGCCCGUCGACUAUGGGCCCCGGAUCGCGCCAGAGCAUGUUCUCCGGCGCAGCAAGCUAUAUUUCCAGCAUGAGCCGCGCGCCAUCGAUGUCCAGCCAGCCUGAUCGCGCCGGUCGCAGCAGUUCCCCGAGUGUCACUAGCGAUCCCCACGGAGAUACGCUAUCUAGCGGUGCCACUUCGAGUCCUCCUCGCUCCAGCGGUGGCAUGAACAACUACACUGGUGCAGUGAUGCAGCAGGACAAGUUGCGCCCCUUGCGCCUUGUCAGUGAGACUGCCAGACUCAAGGAAGAGGAAGAGGCAGCUCGCAAGAAGGCCAACCGUGGGAGCUGGAUUCCGUGGUUGAAUCGCAACCCCGAUGAACAGGCGCCGCAGUGA